UAAGAAGAUCGGUAUAGAUUAUAACAACUUCAUUUAAGAUAAACCCAAUAGGCAGACCAUUCUUAAUUUGUUCCAUUGUUUUGCAACAUGACUUUAAAUAAGAAAUCUUGUCUUGAAAACAAACUUCGCUGUAUACUGACUUCGUCAAUUUUUGCCAAUUUGUUCAUGGCGUUAACUUUAGCGGCAAUACUUGUCUAUAAAGACAGAAUAAUUAAAACAGAAAGUGACCAUUCAGGACAGUUAGACUCUUUUAACUUGCCUGCUGAUUCUGGUGUGUGUAUUCCGUGUGAUUAUCUUGGAAAGAACAUCACAGCAAAAGACACUCUUUUUGACAGUAUAACCAAAUCAAAGGAUGGUAAACAAAAACUUUGCUGUACCAACAAACCAUCGUUCUUACCAAAACUUAUUGGGAAGAUGAUAAUGUCAGAACAAGAAAGAAUGUCAGAUACUGGAAACAUUGAGGAUAUUUACGAACAACUUAAAUGGUGGAGAAAUCGACCAAACUCAAUUCACAUGAAUCUAGAUGUUGACAAAUUGAAAGAAGAAAAGAAAUUUGUAUGGAGAACAGACAAAGACCCUCUCGGGAUAUCAUUCAAACAUGGAGUAGACAUGAACACUACGACUAACAGUAUUGUAGUACCAGGUCCACAUCGAGCUUUGUAUUUCGUCUACGUGGCAAUAACUUUUGACUUUGGUGACAUAGAAUCCGUCCCAAUAUUCUACCAUAACGUCACCAAAAGUCAUCCACUAUUACCUAAUACCAUAGAUACUCUGCUGAUGACCAAAUAUGGAGGAUCAUCGGAAUCAAAACGGGUAUACACGAGCUUCCUGUGUGGAACUUUCCAGAUGCAAGGGAAUUUCAAUCUGAAAACGGAAGUGUCUUCGUAUGAUUACGUGUCCACGAAAAAGUACGGAAGCUAUUUUGGUAUGUUCAGAUUGUGAAACUUCUGACUGGUUAUUAAAUUUACGAAAGGGUUUCGAGAGAGCAAUCUUUAUCAGAAGUUAAUAUGGGAAUAUGCGCUUUAGGUUUGCAUAUUGUGAAAUGAAAUAGACAGAUAGGUCUAACUGCCAACUAUUCUAACAGAAAACACGUAGCUGUAAUUGACACUGAAGGAGAUUAAGUAUUGGUGUUAAUGAUCUCAAGUAUGUUACAGGUACUGCAGCAUGUGUACUUAUCUAGUCAACUUGAUUUUAAUAAUGUAAAUCAGAUUUAUCAUGCAGUCUUUACUGAAUGCAUAGAACUUUUAAAGAAUUUGUGUUGCCAUUAAUUUUGUGUACAGUUUGUUUAUGUAUGACAUUGUACCUUAUUUGUAAAUAAAGGACAUGUGGAUUA